AUGGACCCAGGUAUGAUCAAGACAAAAUGUUGUAUUUAAUGGGAAACAAUGGUUAAAUAUUAAAUCAUUUUAAAAUUUAACCACAAAACUCCUCUGAACUACCCAAACUGAUGAUGAAAUAUGAGUGGAUAUCAACUUUUUUAAAGUUAAAACUGUUCUGUGGAGUGUAAACAAAGUUUGUGGCUGCAUGCUCCGUGUAACCUAAAAACUUUAGUUUGCAUCCUCGACCUGUGAGCAUCAUAUCUCUGCAGGGCUCGUUUGAUUCUGUCUGAUUUGUUUCACUGCAAUUAUUUUUCCAGGAACCUGAUCUGUAAAAACACAGACAGAGAAACAACAAACCUUCAGUAGUUUGCAUUCACAGUACCUGAAAUGAUGCAUUCAAAAUUAAACAAACCACUCAGGUCCAGUGAAGUUUGAAAUGUAGCAUCAGAAGACGAGAGCAUGUUUCAAAGAUUUGCAGUCACUUGUUUUGUGUCACAGGUGAAGUGAAAUAUCUGCAUACACCGGGGAAAGAAUAAAGUUUGUGAUAUAGACUGAUCGGCGAUAACAUUAUAACCGCCACCCUAUUACUGUAUUUAACCCCUUUCAUAGGGUCGGGGUGCUGAAACUAAUGGGCUACCAAAGUGCUAACCAGUGUGUACCAUUACAAUUUGUUUACAUGGGGUAUGAUCCAUUUCGAUCAGCUUAAAACAUCAGUCAGACCCUCAGUGUCAGGAGUCACCAUGCAGCACAACUACAUGAUAUCACAGCAGAGCAACAUUAGGAAGGAAAUAGAGGAUGAGCGCCACUUAUGCAGUUUUCUUAAAGUUCCUUACAGCACCUUUAAGUGUCAUAUCAAGUUAAAAAAAAAGACGUUAAACUUUUUUCUUCAAACAUAAGAAAUUUGAAUGCUCUCCUAUAAGGUUCAAUGAGCUUGUAAAUAAAUAUUCAAUGAUAAAAUUAUUAUUUAAAAUAUUGUUUUCCCACAAUUCCUUUCUUUAAAGAUUAUUAUCUAGUAGUCAAAAGUAAAGCAAAGCUGUUACUUAAUCAUAUCUUCAUUUAAGGAUUGAUACUCAUGGUUUAACUGUAACUUGAUUCAAAAACAGCUGUAUAUAACAUGUUCACUGUAAACCCAAACAAGUUCAGAAAACUCCAAAUUUUCAUCCUAACCCCUUACAUAAGAACUUUUACAUUACACUAAAUCUUAAUCUAAUAUAAUCUAAAAGAUUAUGUCUUAAUCUUUAUUCUAAAUUCAAUCUAUUUUUAUUUUUAAUUCCUUUCUCUUAAUAUUGAUUUCUUCUUCUUUGAUCGCACUGCAGCUAGAGUCAUUCUUCGCCACUGGGAGAGUCAGACUCGACCAGAAUUUACUGACUGGGUGAAGCUGCUGAUUGAUAAUGCCUCUUCUGAACUAAUGAGAGCAAGGUUGAAUGAUGACAAAGAGAAAUUUAACCAGGUCUGGGGCCAUUUUCUGAAUCAUAUAAGAGGGAAUAAGUAUGUAUGACAUGUGAGGAGAUGAAGACACCGGUAGACUCUGUUUUAGUGUUGAGCAGUGUGAUGUUAUGUUUAUGGGUUGGGCUCUGCAUGAAUAUAUAUGCAUGUUUUGUUUUUGGUAUGUGUAAUUGUGAUCAAUAUGGUUGUUUUGUUUGUGCUGAAGUUUGAUAUCUUCUGUAUAAUGUUUAAAAUAUGAAAGUUAAAUAAAAACUUCAAUUACAAAAAAAAUGAUUUGAUUGAAUGAUACUUGAAUGGACUCGUAAAAUCAACUGCACACAAUGUUUUACAUCAAUAAUGUCAACUCAAAAUAUUACACCUUAAUGAGCUCAAAAUAUUUACCACCUGCCAACUUCAAAUGUACAAGACGCCCUGUUUUCAGUUCCUAAUGCUCAAACCUGCACGUGUAAAGAUGAUCAACUUUUUUCCCUGGCUGUGACAGAGAUUGAUCGUAUUUCUGAAGUCUGGGUGUGUCACAUUUUACUCCCCCAGUUUGACUGUAAUGAAUAUAAAAAUUCAGCUGUGGACCAUUUGGUGUUGAUUUGCAUAACAUUUUAAAAACAGCCUGAAACAGCGGCGGCAGACUGACUCUCCAGCGGACGGACAGCUGUUCAUGUUUGAAGACUUUGGCACUUUGGUAAGUCUCCACUCUGGAAAAUAAGCAGCAUUUUACCUGGUUGAAUAUUAUCUAAAAUUGACUGAUCUCUUACUACAACAUUAACAUCAACUGCUGUAUAGUCCAUUUUUAAAACUGAGCACCUUAAUUUGUCUGUUUAUUUAUCUGUAUAUUUCGCAUUUCAUAUUUAUUACUCAUUUCAAUAGCCCACGUUCUUCAUAUCUCAAUUUUUUCUCUUAGGAUGUUUAGUAUAUUUAGUCUGUAUUUAUUGUAUAUACUUGGUAUUUUUAGUCUGUAUUGUACAUACUUCUUAUAUUUAACUUUAUUUUGUAUUUUUUUGCUGCUGUGACAUGUGAAUUUCCCAGUUUGGGAUCAAUAAAGUAUCUAUCUAUCUAUUAAGGUUUGUACUUUUUUCCUUUUACAGCAAUAAUACAGCAUCGUUAUCGUCUUCUACAGCUAUUCAAGGUCAGCAUGGGAAGCACUGUGAUCGUGGUUCUCCUGUUCACAGGUGAGCAGAGCUUCACGUUUUAUUAUCAGAAAAUAUUAAAAAGAGGAAACAAUGAAGAUUGAAUGUUUAGUAUGUGGUUAGUGUGUGGAUUUUUAUUAAUCUAGCCAUUAUAUUUAUGCAUUUGUUUCUUCAUACUAGCAGCAUAGAGACAGUAACCAUCAAUCUAUCUGAAUAGACAGAAUCAGAAUGCCUUUUAUUGUCAUUAUACGUAGUGCAAUGAGAUUAAAGCCACCCAUAUCAGUGCAAAACAUUGGAAAAAAGAUAGAUAAAAAACAUAGAAAAUAUGAAACAAGAUUAAUAUGAAGUUUAUACAAUGUAAACAUAUGAACCUGAGAUUCUUUUAACAGGAUAAAUAUGGUAAAUAUACAGAAAUAGCAUAAAUGUGAUGUGCAGAUUGAUAGAUGAAGUAAACAAAACGCACAAAAUGAUUUAUGUCAUAAAAGCAUUAAUAUUAAGUUCCAGUUGAAUUUCUCCACCUCAUUCUCAUCCUUCCUCAGGUUUCUCCGUCCUCUUCACCCUCCAGCAGACCCAGGAUGUCUUCUAUUACAUCAAUACUAACACGACCUGGGAUGAUGCAGCAGAUUACUGCGAACACAACUACAUCGGCCUCGCCCAAGUGGACAGCAGCAAAAGCGUGGAAACAAUAAUAAAGAUUUCAAGCAAGGGGUACACCGGAAAGGCCUGGAUAGGAUUGUAUCAGAACAAUUCAACCUGGACUUGGGAGAACGGACAACCGCUCAUCUACUCCAACUGGAUCAACAUGGGUGAUGGGUUUUGUGGGUCCAUUGGUGGAGACGGAUACUGGAUCGAUAAAAGCUGCUCUCUCAAGAGAAGUCAUGUUUGUAUGGGUAUGAGCCAAAAUUAAUGUAGUUUAGUAGAUUUCUACUUUCUAGAUUUACUUCUCUUGCCUGUGUGUGCGUGUUGAAAACCAGCUUAAUUAAGGAGAAAACACCCUAUGUGGUCUGCAGGAUUCCUCUUACAACUAACACAGUUAUUAAGGAAUGACAAUCAGACAAUCAGAUCAGUCAAUAAGAUUUAGAGGUUAUUUAUUUAAAAGCAUUCUUGGUAUAAAGCUCCAGAACAACUUCAGGAUACUCUUCAGGAUAUGUUCUGUUAAUUUAGUAUUUUCCUGGUUUUAUUUAAGAGCAUUUUGUGUUUUAUAUCUUUUACUUUUUCAUUAUCUCCGUCACAGACAAGGAUGGUUUUUACGUUUAUGACAACAACUUGUCAUGGAACGACUCCAAAACUGACUGUGAAGCUCGAGGAUAUACUCUGGCCUACAUCCAUGAUGAAAUCAAGAAUGCUGAACUUCAAGCUGAGCUGGGUAUGGAUGACAAUCACUGGAUUGGUCUUUCCAGGUCUGUAUCCUGGACCUGGACAGAAUCAGGAACAAAUGUCACCUUUCAAAACUGGCAAACUGGACAACCUGACAACCCGGGCUCAAAUAACUGUGUAGCUGUACAGAUGGUUGAUGGAAACUGGACGGAUGAGGCUUGCACAACACCUUUACCUUUCCUCUGCUACAGUGAAAAGACAACCACAGACAGCCCUGAAAGUUCUGAACUCUCUCAUGAAGGAGCUGUUCGGGAGACAAACUCAACCUCAAACUCAACAGGUCUCAAAAAAAUACGUCAUCUGAACACCCGUCUUGUGUUUUUCAAUUAAUAGUUCAAAAUCUGAAUAAUACUAACUUACUUUUUAAAUAUCAGAGAAGUCUUACAUUUGUGAAAAACUUCUGUUUGUGUUUGUGAUCUGUGCAGCUCAGGCAGUCAGGAAAACGAUGAUAAGGAUGAAGAUCGCAACUGAUGCAAACAUGGAAAACGGAACCCUAAUUUCUGGAUUGAAUCAGCAGGUAAAGUGUGGUAUAGUAUGUUACCGAGCAUGACUAUAGACGAUAAAACAAGAUACUUCCUUAUCAUACAUUUAAUAAAACCCCCGGUAUACUAUUAAGUGAAUAAAUUGUUGUGUGCUGGUUUGAUUCGAAAGCAUAGACUGUAUAUAGAAUGGACAUAGUCUGCCUCCUCGCUGGGUAAAGCUACUCCGAGAACAGCACCCUCUGGUGACAGGCUGCAGUAUAGGUCAUAAAUUCCGCCUCCAGCAGCAAAGCUUAUGGAGCUGUGAACAAACUUUAGACAUUUUUACCCAGAAUAUACAUUUUUCUCCCCCCUGGUUGUGAUGUUGACAUGUAGUUACUGUCAGACUGGUUUGUGCUCAAGUCCUCUUUUUUUCUGUGAAGCUCCAUUUCUAAAAGUUAUUAAGGGGUUCAUGUUUGCUAUGAUUGACAUCUGAUACAGCCUAUGGGCGUUCAGGGAUUGCAUAGCUCACCCGGGGGUAUCACAGAAAAUACCAAGAGCUUUUUGGCCUCAAAUCCAUAUACUAACGGGAGGCUGAACCAAGUUGUCCAUAGUAUAUACAGUCUAUGUUGGAAAGACUCUUUAAUGCAAGACAUCCAGAGACCAGAGACAUGGCUUUACUCAGAAAAUGAGUCGUGGGCAGCGGGUCCAUCAACGCCUUACAACUUGGUAGCUAGCAGGGCGGCAAAAACUGGAAAGAGCUACACAGCUGCACAUUGCUGAACAAAAUGGAAGUCUUCCUGCUGGAACUCUAUUUAAAACUUUUUCUGUAUCUGGUUUGGUGGUGCAACUUUCCCCCCAUUUUUAAAGUACUCUUAUUUUCAUUAUAGCGUUUAUUAUAUUGAGGUCACCUGACUUUGUCCUAGUCCAAAAAGGUUAGAAAACUGAAAACGUGUUACAUUAUUACGAGUUUAUCCCAAUAUAUUUGUAAUCACCAUCCAGAUGCAACCUCAUGAGUGUCGAAAGAAGUCCCGUAUAUGACAUGUACUCCUGAUGGGAUCAAUAUCACACAUUUGCACAUUUAAAUAAAUAAUGUCAGACUCAUAACAGGAUAUCCUCUCCCUCUGCAGCUGCAGAAAGCACUCGCCAAACAGGGAUUGGGUGAAUUGAAAGUGACCUGGAGGAAGGUGCCAGUGAAAGCACAAGAGCAGCAACAAGAAGACGGUAACCAUAACAACACAGCUACACAGAUAGUAAAAUGUUUUUUUUUAAUGUUCCCAAAUGCUCAUGUCUUUUUUAUUAUUAUUUUAAUCAUUAUCACAGGUAUGUCCUCGGCCAGUGAGAGUAACUUCUGCAGAGAUGCACCAGGACCUGUUUGAGAAGAUGGUUUACCAAACUGGUCAGAGGAAGUUCUCCUCAGGUCUACCCUCAACAAAACCAAAACAAAAAUAUAGACCCUGGGCUUGUUUGGAUUCGAUUUUCUGUGUGCUUUGUGUUUGACAGUGAAUUAAUUAAAGUCAGGAAAGAAAAAAAGAAUAUUUGCUUGUUAUUAGUUUUGAUAUACCAAUGCAUAUGUAUCUGCUACAUGGUUUUUAAAGUGCCACUAAGUUACUCCUUAGUUAAAUGACGAUCAGUUACUCUUUUGCUGUGUUAAAGGGAUAUUUCGGCAUAAAUUUUCGCAGCUCAAGGACGAACAUUUACAAUUUUUUCAUGGAAAUGUAAUCAGACUAAGAUACUAAGGCAGAAGAACUACCGCGUCUACAGUGCAAAAUAAUUAUUAUGAUGAAUAUUACUUCAUGGAAAUGAUCCGCUGCACUCAGUGAUCGACUUGUCAGAGCUCCCCCACAAAGCAGCUGCUGGAAGAGAGUAGGUGAGUUGUGUUUAGUCUCUUUGCUAAAGAAAUUAGUCAAAGUUAAAAAGAUGUUUGGUGGCUAGUACUAUGGCUGGGACCCUACAUGUCCUGUUGAUGAAGUUAGGUGCUGCUCUGAGCAUUAUUUGAGGCUAUAGAGUGGCGUUUUGGUUGAGGUUUGCACAUGGAAGCAUUUAGAGAAUAACUAGAGAAGCAAGCAGUCGACAACAUUCAUCUCUCGACAGGGUGUCUAACUCGGUGUUACGGUGUGUUUGACCUUAACUUAAAUUUACGCCAGAAUAUCCCUUUAAAUGAGGACCAAUUACUCCUUUGCUGUGUUAAGACUUUUAACUAAGAAUCAAUAAACUUCCUUAAAAUAUUUACACUUCUGGCUCAAGUUGAUUCUGUGUUCAUUUGUUCUCUCAUUUGUUCAGAGAGUACAGGCAGUGAUUGGUGAUGAAGUGUCUCAUUGCUGCCAAAUGUUCUCAUACAUGCACUGAAUUCUAAGUUUCCAGCAUCACAAGGUGACCUGUAACCGAUCACUCAUUUUCAUAUGGAAAUAGAGACUCAGCUUUAAUUGACUUGGAGCCACACUCAUUUGACAAUGCAGGAUGUCAACAUCUGUAUCUUGAACAACGUGGCCUUAUUUGGUUAAGUUGUAUCCGGUACAAGAUUAGGGUAAGGUUAGGAUAAGGGGUUAGGUUUUUGGUUUAUAAGAAAACUAAAGAAAGGUUUGGGCUACGGUUAUGAUAAGACUAAAGAGGGGUUAGGGAGAUAGAGUUUAGAAGUUAGGGUUAGGGGGUCAGGGACAGGGUUAGGGUAACAAAAGACUAAAGAAGAGUUAUUCUGUUUCACUGUAUGUUUCCGUGGCUAAACCAUAGUCGAAAAUAAAGACUGUUAUCAAGACUUUUGACUUUCCGAGUUUUGAUGGUAUCGACUCAUCCCUCUUCAGAGGUUUCGAAACCACUGGUCUAGGUCAAAGGGAUUUUUGUCAGGAUGUCCAUUUGAAUAUAAAAAUCAUGCAAAGACUGAACCUUAAAAGAGCGGAGCUUUGGAGACUCUGGGAGAGGUAUUGGACAGAUUCUUGCAAGUUCAAGCCACGGAGGAGUGAGUUUGCGGUUUUACUGAUGAAUAUUAAUGUGAGUAGAUUUUAUCAGAACCAGAAUCUCCUUUUUAAUAAGUCAUUUAAAAGACUGUUUUUCUAUUUUGGUUGUUGGUUUGGACAAUGUGUUUUUUUUUAUCUGUCUGUGUAAAUUCUGUUUUAUUUUAACUUUUCAGUGACGUCAGAAAUGGACCACACCAUCCCCUUGCUUUUCUCCAUCUUCGGUAAGAGUUACGUCGUCUUUUAAUACAUUUAUGUCAUUGUUUAAUUCAAUUCUAGUUUUACUCUUCAAUUAAAUAGUUCUUAUAAGAUACAGAAGCUUAAAAUCAAACAUUAAAAAACAGGGGACUUUUGAUGAUUGAUGUCAGUAUUUUAUGCAGACAGACAAUACCUUAGGAGGAUAUGCACGGCCGUAGAUACACUAAAUGUUUACUAUGAGUUGAGUGGAUCCAGGAUAGCUGACACUGUGGUUUGGUGCAUAAGUUCAACUUGACACAUAUUCUUGUAGAGCAACAUAAAUAAUUUUGUAGUUCUUUAAAUUUUCAACGCGCUACUCACUUUUUUCACUUAUUCACAAGUUGAAAAAUGUGGAUUUCGGUGAAUUACCUACAACUCGAGAGCCACUCAGUAUGUGAGUUGUUUGUUGACACACGUCUUAAUGAUGGAAACUCAUUAAUCUUGAAACUGAUCAUGGUAGUGAUCAGCGGAAAAGUACGCUAAAAGAGCGUACUUGUAGGAAAGUGAGUGAGGAGGUUGGAUUAUUUGGUAAAGUGUGAAAACAAAAAUCCUCACCAUGUUGUCGCCUUCAACCAUGUUUGGUAAAAAGAAUUACCAUUUUGCAUUAAUUUACAUGUUUGGGCACUUGCAUAAGAAUGAUCAGGCACUUAAAUAGAGCAUGAAUUAAGCAAGUAAAUCAGAAUCAGAUUUUUUAUCCAAGUAGGUUAACAAGGACAAGGACUUUACAACAUAUGCAGGUGUUUAAAAAAUAUGCAAAUUAAGCAAGUAAAUAAUUUCAUUCCCAACCAGUAGAGCACAACAUAAUGGUCACAUGACACAAUCUUAUUUCCAUCAAGAUUGUUUGUACUUUAAAAUUCAGUGUUAAAAAUCUUAAAAUUCGCAGUUCCAGAUGUUAUUCUUUUCCACAGGACUCUGCACACCAUCUUUUUACGAAUUGUGUCGUUUUCACUACAUUGACCUGGAACUGAACUGGACAGAUGCUCAACAUUACUGCAGAGACAAGUACAGCGACCUGGCUACGAUUGAAAGCCAGACUUACAUCAGCCACUUUAACGGACCAAAACAAGCAUGGAUUGGGCUGAACGACGACCCGUUGUCCUGGCAGACGACCACAAGCAAAGACAGAAACUCAUGGCGAUGGUCAAGCACUGGUGAAAUUACUGGUUAUCAAAACUGGUAUAAACAGAAGCCAGACAACUACAAAGGAGGAGAGUUUUGUGUAAUAUUUAACCAACACGGGACAUGGGAUGAUAAAAGAUGUGACCUGAAGUUUUAUUUUUCCUGUUAUACAGGUAAGACUCUGGUAAUCUGGUACAGAACACUGCUGUCAAUCAUCUUUUUCAAAAUAAGAUAACUUAUCAAAAUCAAAUUUCACUAAAAAUAAACACUGUUGUAAAGAAGCAUAAUAAGAGCCAACUUAAAUAUAAGAAAACGUGUUUUGGAAAUGUUUAAUUUACAUGUAUUUUGAUUUUAUAGUUUGAUCAAUGUUUUAUCAAUCAACAUGGAGAAGACGGGAUUAACUGUUUUAACUGCAAUCGAACUGAAACAGGCCGGAGUGUUUUGUCCGUGAGUUCAGUAGCAUGGAGGCUUUUCCAGGAUGCAGAGUAGCGAACAAAAUCUUGACUGAGAAAGGACGUGAUUUGAUUGAAAUCUGGCUUGAUGAGGUUUAAGAUCACUUGGCCCAUGAGAUUUGAUAAAAAAUUUUAUAAGCUCAAAAUUUAUCGAGAUUUUUUUGUUUCCGAUCCCUAACAAAACCAGAUUUUAAUAAUUUCCCACUGUCAUCAUAGGUGUACUUUCUGUUACAAAAUAUUGUGAUAUUGAUGAUACAGUUACAGACAUACUUUCUAAUGUACUAAAAUUGCUUGUGAAGAGUAACAGUCAUGUUCUCAAACUUUUAUUUUUUCUGUGUUGCAGCCAUGAAUUCCUCUAGUCCAAAAAUUUUUAAGAUGAUUGCGUCGGUGAAGACCUGGAAAGAUGCCCAGGCUUACUGUCGAACCCAUUACACAGACCUGGCUAUGAUUGAGAAUGCUCAGGAAAACGCUGAGGUGCUGGCACAAAAAGAAGAAGAUACAAUGUUUAUGUGGAUUGGCUUGUCCAGAGAAGCGUGGAAGUGGUCCGACAACAGAGAGAGCUCCUUUAGGAACUGGCGACCUGGACAUCCAGAUAAUGAUGGUUAUCAGUACUGUGUGUCCAGAGGUAGUCAGCAUCAGUGGAACGACAAUAACUGUGAAAAAAGCUCCCCUUCUGGUGCCAAGAUGGUAAAAUAGAGAACAUUUCAUGGGUCAUUUUUUUGCCCUUGUGAGUUGAAAAUAAUUCUAUCUUUGGCUUGUUGUCACGUGUCCAGUCCCCAAACAGAUGA